AGAAGCCAAACCUGGAAUCUUUUGAAGCACCUUCCAAAAUCUCUCAAACACUCUGAAUCGUAUUGCUGAGAUCUCCCUGGGAUUGAUCUUACGACGCAAGCUUCACGAUGUUGCCCUACAUCAACGCCCCGUUUGUUUACGUGGCUGGCAAACUUGGGGCAGCUCCUGAUGAACUCAAACUCAUCUUCUCCUUCCUCUUGUCAUAUCCUCUGGCUGGAGUGCUCAAGCGUAUACCCGACUCGAAGCCAGCCCAAAAGAAUGGCUUCAUUAUUGCAGUAUCCAUGUUCUACCUCAUCGGUCUUUUCGACUUGUGGGCCGGUCUGCGUACCAUCUUCAUCAGCGCUGCGGGUGCGUACUCGAUUGCAGCAUAUGUACAGGGGCCGUAUAUGCCAUGGGUCGGCUUUGUGUUCCUGAUGGGCCAUAUGUCUGUUAACCACAUCUACCGUCAAAUUGUCAACGACCCUAGCUCGGUCGACAUCACUGGGGCCCAGAUGGUGUUGGUCAUGAAACUGACAGCCUUCUGCUGGAACGUAUACGACGGCACGCUUCCCGAAGCCUCCUUGACCGACCAUCAGAAGGAUCGUGCGCUGCGAAAGUUGCCUAGCUUGCUCGAUUAUGCUGGCUUCGUGCUCUUCUUCCCUUCGUUGUUUGCUGGCCCUGCCUUCGAUUACGUGGACUACCGCAGAUGGAUCGAGACUACCAUGUUCGAGCUACCUCCUGGUGUUGACCCUUCCAAGGCACCGCCUACUCGCAAGCAGCGCAAGAUUCCUCGUAGCGGUACACCCGCAGCAUGGAAGGCCGCCUUUGGACUUCUUUGGAUUCUUGCUUUCCUUCAAUUCUCUGGUUACUACUAUCCCGACUUUUUGCUCUCCGAUGGCUACAAGCAAUAUGGCCUCUUCCGCCGCGUAUGGGUACUGCACAUGCUGGGAGUCACCACUCGCAUGAAGUACUACGGUGUCUGGUCUCUCACCGAAGGCGCUUGCAUUCUCUCAGGCAUCGGCUUCAAGGGCGUGGACCCCAAGACCGGCAAGGCUGAUUGGAACAGAUUGCAAAACGUGAAACCUCUUGAAAUUGAAUUGGCUCAAAACAGCCAUGCUUACCUUGGUAAUUGGAACAUCAACACCAACAUGUGGUUGAGGAACUAUAUCUACUUGCGUGUCACGCCUAAGGGCAAGAAGCCUGGCUUCAGAGCUAGUAUGGCUACCUUUGUUACCAGUGCGUUCUGGCACGGUUUCUACCCUGGAUACUACCUUGCAUUUGUGCUCGCGAGCUUCAUUCAGAAUUCUGCAAAGAACUCACGCCGCCUGAUCCGUCCCUUCUUUAUGAGCGCCGACGGCACCAAAGCUCUCCCCUCAAAACGCUACUACGACAUCUUCACCUGGCUCUGCACCCAACUCGCCUUCUCCUUCACCGUCGCGCCUUUCAUCUUCCUCGGCUUCAGCUCAUCCCUCCUGAUCUGGCAACGUGUCUAUUUCUACACCAUCAUCGCCGUCUCCGCCACCUCCAUGUUCCUGCUUUCUCCCGGCAAACAGUUCUUGCAGCAAAAGGUCAAGCAACAUUCCAAGCCUAGUGAAGAGCAGGUCAGACAGAGUCUUGAGAAGGAAGCGAGGAGUCCGACUUUGGGAUUGCCUGAUGACCCGGGUCGUGCUUGGGAUGAGAUGGUCGAGGAAAUCGUGGCCGAGGUGCAGGAGAGGAAGAAGAGGGGGUUGCCUAUUCCUGCCAAGCUGAGGCAGGAGGCUGAGGCUAUCGGAAAGAAGGUUACUUGAGGAAUCAUGGUUCAAGUAAUGAGAAAGCGAGAGGUGGGAGCGAGAAGUUGUCAAGGAGAGGUGCGCAUGUAGGAAGUGGUGGAUUCAGAGAGAAACAGUAUGAAAAGCAUUGCAUUGAGACGC